AGGUACACCGGUGCACGCGCACACAGCAGCCCGUGCGGCAACCGGAAGCGCCUAUAGGCGACACAUGGGCAAAGACGACCGACGAGCUGUUUUCACCGGAUAAUCAACGAAAGGCGCGCGCCCGCUCGCCAUUAAAACCAUCACACCGCGUGGGGAAAGAAGAAUUUCUUUUCUCUGGUUUAUUUUUUUUCUUUUUGCUUUGGACCACUGAAGGGAAGAGGAAAAACGGAGCCAAAUGGAUCCUAAAAUGUAAUAAAUAAAUCCAGCAAAUAAAGAAGAGGAAGGGAAUCUGCAGGCGCACAGAGAGGCUUCGCCAUGCUCCCGGUGUGACUGUAGGCUAGCUGGUCCGGCUCCAGGAGCAGGAUGUCAAUAUGGCUGCCCAGCUGCUCGUUCCUCCCGGACCUGACAGCUUCCAGCCCUUCCUUCCAGAAUCCCUCGCUGCCAUCGAGCGGCGCAUCGCUGAGGAGGCGGCCCAACGGUCCAAAGGCGAGAGGCGCAGCGAUGAAGACGACGAGAAUGGGCCCAAGCCCAACAGCGACCUGGAGGCAGGGAAAUCCUUGCCCUUCAUCUACGGAGAAAUUCCUCCUGGACUGGUGUCCGUACCUUUGGAGGACCUGGACCCGUACUACAGCAACCAAACAACCUUUAUAGUAUUGAAUCGUGGGAAGGCGAUAUUCCGCUUCAAUGCCACGCCUGCCCUCUACAUCCUGAGUCCAUUCAACCCUCUGAGGAGAAUCUCCAUUAAAGUGCUGGUGCAUUCAAUGUUCAGUUUUGUGAUCAUGUGCACCAUCCUGACCAACUGCGCCUUCAUGACGCUCAGCAACCCCCCAGAAUGGGCCAAGAACGUGGAGUACACCUUCACAGGGAUUUACACAUUCGAGUCUCUGAUUAAGAUCCUGGCCCGCGGCUUCUGUGUGGGAAAAUUCACGUUCCUGCGAGACCCCUGGAACUGGCUGGACUUCAGCGUCAUCGUCAUGGCGUAUGUAACUGAGUUUGUAAACCUAGGCAAUGUGUCAGCUCUGCGCACUUUCAGAGUGCUCAGAGCGUUGAAAACAAUCUCAGUUAUCCCAGGUCUGAAGACCAUCGUGGGAGCUUUGAUCCAGUCGGUAAAGAAGCUGUCGGAUGUAAUGAUUCUGACCGUCUUCUGCCUGAGCGUGUUUGCGCUGAUCGGCUUGCAGCUGUUCAUGGGAAACCUGCGACAGAAGUGCGUGAGGGUGCCGCAGUGGAACAGCACGGGGAACUUCACCGAGAACAACCUGACCUCUUCGCUCAACAUCAGCACUGGCUUCGACCUGCUCAACGCCUCCAAUGCGCUCAACUGGACCGAGUACAUCAGCGACAAGAAUAAUUAUUAUUAUCUUCCAAACCGCAGAGACGCCUUGCUGUGUGGGAACGGCAGUGAUGCAGGGCAGUGUCCUGAAGGAUUCAUGUGUAUAAAGGCUGGGCGUAACCCUGAUUAUGGCUACACGAGCUUCGACACAUUCGGCUGGGCUUUUCUCUCCCUCUUCCGCCUCAUGACACAGGACUUCUGGGAAAAUCUCUAUCAGCAGACUUUGCGUGCUGCUGGGAAGCCUUACAUGGUGUUCUUCGUGCUGGUGAUUUUCCUGGGGUCGUUCUACCUGGUGAACUUGAUCCUGGCUGUGGUGGCCAUGGCGUACGACGAACAGAACCAGGCCACUAUCGAGGAGGCGCAGCAGAAAGAGGAGGAGUUUCAGGCCAUGCUGGAGCAGCUGAAGAGACAGCAGGAGGAGGCACAGCAGGUUGCUGCGGCAGCAGCUACAGAGAGCGGGGAGUAUAGCGGCAGGGGUGGCCUGUCUGAGGAAAGCUCCUCCGGGGGCUCCAGACUCUCCUCGAAGAGCGCCAAGGAGCGACGCAACAGGCGCAAAAAGAGGAAACAGAGGGAGGAAGAGGAGGAGAAAGCCGACCAGGAGAAGUUCCACAAGUCCGAGUCGGAAGACAGCAUCCGGCGCUCAGGCUUUCGCUUCUCUAUCGACGCCAACAGACUUUCCUAUGAGAAGAAGUGCUCCACCCCGAAUCAGUCUCUCCUCAGUAUACGUGGUUCGAUCUUCUCUCCAAGGCGAAACAGCCGUGCGAGUUUGUUCAGCUUUCGCGGCCGAGCCCGGGACUUCGGCUCGGAGAACGACUUCGCAGAUGAUGAGCACAGCACGUUUGAGGACAGCGACAGCCGGCGAGGCUCGCUCUUCGUACCUCGGAGGAUCGAGAGGAGGAACUCCACAGUUAGUCAGUGCAGCCUCGCCGCUCCACGCAUCAUGCUUCCGGCCAAUGGGAAGAUGCACUGUACUGUCGACUGUAACGGAGUGGUGUCCUUGGUGGGCGGAGCUUCUGUGCCAACUUCACCAAUUGGCCGAUUGCUUCCUGAGGGAACGACAACAGAGUCAGAGGUCUGUAAAAAGCGUUCUGGGUCACACCAGGCUUCUGAUUACCUGGACGAUGCUGCAGCUAGAAAAAGAGCUCUAAGUGUAGCCAGUAUUCUCACAAACACUAUGGAGGAGCUCGAGGAGUCGAGACAGAAGUGCCCCCCCUGCUGGUACAAAUUUGCCAACAGCUUCCUGAUCUGGGACUGCUGCCCCCAGUGGCUAAAAGUGAAAAAGCUGGUCAACAUGAUAGUAAUGGACCCGUUUGUAGACCUGGCCAUCACAAUCUGCAUCGUCCUCAACACCCUCUUCAUGGCCAUGGAACACUAUCCCAUGACCAAGGAGUUCAACGAUGUGCUCUCAGUCGGAAAUCUGGUGUUCACAGGGAUCUUCACAGCUGAGAUGUGUCUAAAGGUCAUUGCCCUGGACCCCUACUACUACUUCCAGGAGGGCUGGAACAUCUUUGAUGGCAUCAUUGUGAGUUUAAGCCUGAUGGAGCUCGGGCUGGCUAACGUGGAGGGGCUCUCUGUUCUCAGAUCUUUCAGAUUGCUGAGAGUGUUCAAGCUGGCCAAGUCCUGGCCCACACUGAACAUGCUGAUCAAGAUCAUCGGGAACUCUGUAGGCGCUUUGGGUAACCUGACCUUAGUCUUGGCCAUCAUCGUCUUCAUCUUCGCCGUGGUGGGCAUGCAGCUGUUUGGAAAGAGCUACCGCGAACUGGUGUGCAACAUCGCGGACAACUGCCAGCUGCCACGCUGGCAUAUGGUGGACUUCUUCCACUCGUUCCUGAUUGUGUUCCGAGUGCUGUGCGGCGAGUGGAUCGAGACCAUGUGGGACUGCAUGGAGGUGGCCGGCCAGACCAUGUGCCUCAUCGUCUUCAUGAUGGUCAUGGUGAUUGGGAACUUGGUGGUGCUGAACCUCUUCCUAGCUCUGCUGCUGAGCUCUUUUAGUGCGGACAACCUGGCCUCGACUGACGACGAUAGCGAGAUGAACAACCUGCAGAUCGCCGUGGGCCGCAUCCAGAAGGGCAUUGCUUUUGUGAAGUCUGCGCUCAGGCAGUUCCUGCAGAGCCUUUUCCUGGCCAGGACCAAACCCGGCGCCCUAGAUGAGGAGAAGCCCCUGGAUGACCUGCACAGCGACGGCAAGGAGAAUUGUCUGUCCAACCAUGCGCCCGUGGCCGUCGACCUCGGUAAGGACUUCCUUAAGGAGGGCUGUGUGUCGCCUAGCAAUGGGGUGGACAGCCACGGCAAGUACGGCAUCGAGGAAGGGGACUACAUGUCGUUCAUCCACAACCCCAGCCUUACGGUCACGGUGCCCAUCGCCGUGGGCGAGUCAGACUUCGAGAACCUCAACACAGAGGAUUUCAGCAGCGAGUCGUCCGACGUAGAGGGAAGCAAAGAGAAGCUUCCAGUGGACACGGUUCUGAGUUCUUCUGAAGGAAGCACGGUGGACAUCAGACCCCCGGGAGAGGGGGCCGAAUCAGUCGAGCUAGAACCAGAGGAGUCACUGGACCCUGAGGACUGCUUCACUGAAGGCUGCAUAAUGAGGUUUCAGUGCUGUCAGGUGGAUGUGGAAAAGGGACAUUGGAGGAGCUGGUGGACUUUACGGAAAACCUGCUUUAUUAUUGUCGAGCACAACUGGUUUGAGUCCUUUAUCAUCUUCAUGAUCCUGCUGAGCAGUGGUGCUUUGGCAUUUGAGGACAUCUACGUAGAGCAGCGGAAGACGAUCAAGACGGUGCUGGAAUAUGCAGAUAAAGUUUUCACGUACAUUUUCAUCCUGGAGAUGUUGCUCAAAUGGGUGGCUUACGGUUUCGUCAAAUACUUCACCAACGCCUGGUGCUGGCUCGACUUCCUGAUUGUCGACGUGUCUCUGGUCAGCCUUGUUGCUACUGCUCUGGGUUACUCUGAACUGAGUGCCAUUAAAUCACUGAGGACUCUGCGUGCUCUGAGACCGCUAAGAGCAUUGUCACGCUUCGAGGGCAUGAGGGUGGUAGUGAACGCUCUGCUCGGUGCGAUCCCCUCCAUCAUGAACGUGCUGCUCGUGUGCCUGAUCUUCUGGCUCAUCUUCAGCAUCAUGGGCGUCAACCUGUUCGCCGGCAAGUACUACCACUGCGUCAACACCACCACGGACGAGCUGUUCCCCAUCAGCAUGGUCAACAACAAGUCCGAGUGCAUGGCGCUGGUCAACGACAGCGCGCGCUGGAAAAACGUCAAGAUCAACUUCGACAACGUAGGAGCCGGGUACCUGGCUUUGCUCCAAGUGGCCACGUUUAAAGGCUGGAUGGACAUCAUGUAUGCUGCAGUAGACUCUCGCAAUGUGGAGGAUCAGCCAGACUAUGAAGUGAACCUGUACAUGUACCUGUACUUCGUCAUCUUCAUAAUCUUCGGCUCCUUCUUCACACUCAACCUGUUCAUUGGUGUCAUCAUCGACAACUUCAACCAGCAGAAGAAAAAGUUCGGAGGUCAGGACAUUUUCAUGACAGAAGAGCAGAAGAAAUACUACAACGCCAUGAAGAAGCUCGGCUCGAAGAAACCGCAGAAACCCAUCCCCAGACCCACAAACAAACUUCAAGGUCUUGUCUUUGACCUGAUUACCAAGCAAGCCUUCGACAUCAUCAUCAUGAUCCUGAUCUGCCUGAACAUGGUGACCAUGAUGGUGGAAACCGACGACCAGACGAAAGAAAUGGAUAACAUCCUAUACUGGAUCAACCUGGUUUUCAUUGUGCUCUUCACCAGUGAAUGUGUGCUGAAAAUGUUCUCCCUGAGACAUUACUACUUUACCAUCGGUUGGAAUGUGUUUGACUUUGUGGUUGUGAUUCUGUCCAUUGUAGGAAUGUUCCUCUCAGAGUUGAUUGAGAAGUAUUUUGUGUCACCAACCCUAUUCCGAGUCAUCCGGUUGGCCAGGAUUGGUCGCAUCCUCCGUCUCAUCAAGGGGGCCAAGGGUAUCCGCACCCUCUUGUUUGCCUUAAUGAUGUCACUUCCUGCCUUGUUCAACAUCGGGCUCCUGCUCUUCCUGGUCAUGUUCAUCUACGCCAUUUUUGGCAUGUCCAACUUUGCCUACGUCAAACACGAAGCCGGAAUCGAUGACAUGUUCAACUUUGAGACGUUCGGAAACUCCAUGCUGUGCCUCUUCCAGAUCACGACGUCAGCCGGCUGGGAUGGGCUUCUGGCUCCCAUCCUGAAUAAGCGUGAACCUGACUGCGACAGCGAGAGCGAGCACCCGGGCAGCUCAUACCGAGGUGACUGCGGCAACCCGUCAGUGGGCAUCUUCUUCUUCGUCAGCUACAUUAUCAUCUGCUUCCUGAUUGUGGUCAACAUGUACAUCGCUGUCAUCCUGGAGAACUUCAGCGUUGCUACGGAGGAAAGUGCCGAACCGCUAAGCGAGGACGACUUUGAGAUGUUUUAUGAGGUGUGGGAGCGAUUCGACCCGAACGCUACGCAGUUCGUUGAGUACGACAAGCUGUUGGACUUUGCCGACGCCCUGGACCCACCGCUGCGCAUUCCUAAACCCAACAAGAUCCAGCUGAUUGCCAUGGACCUCCCGAUGGUCAGCGGAGACCGUAUCCACUGCCUGGACAUCCUGUUCGCCUUUACGCUGCGUGUCCUGGGCGAGGAGGGCGAGAUGGAUGCCUUGCGUGGUCAAAUGGAGGAGCGCUUCAUGGCCUCCAAUCCGUCCAAAGUGUCCUACGAGCCCAUCACCACCACCCUGCGUCGCAAGCAGGAGGAAAUGUCAGCCAUCAUCAUUCAGCGAGCUUUCCGGCACUACCGCGUCCGCAUCACGAUCAAGAAGGCGUCCGAUAUGUACCGGCAGCGACUGCAGGGCGGCGGCGAACCUCUUCACGAGAAGGAAGUUCUGGUGAUUGGGAAGUUCCCUGAGAACUCGGUGUCGGAAAAAACAGACAUGACCCCGUCUUCGGCGUCACCGCCCUCGUACAACAGCGUGGCCAAAUCGGAGAAGGACAAGUAUGAGAAGGAAAGGCGGGAGAAGGAGAACAGUAUAAAAGACACACGCGAGAGAAAGAAAUGAACUCCCGAGAACGCGAACGAUACGAACGUGAUGAAGACUGCUCUUUGAAACGAGACACUGUUUACAGACUUUACGGGGAACAACGCUAUGGACUUCCUUUCGCGAUGGUUUUGGAACCAAAAUGAGCGCGUGUGUGUGCGCAUGUGUGUGUGAUUGUCUAUUGCUGUGUGCUAAUAAGAGACUGACUAGGAUCCAUGGUGAUGAGACAUGUUAAUGUUCAUGUUCGUCAACACGCAACACACUGCACACGCAGUGCACACGCACGUACAUUUCAGAAGAGUGACUGUUACUGUUAAGGAGCACUCGGGUGUGUGUGAGGCGGAGCUUUCGGACGCGUCUGUUCAUUCCGAAUGUCCUCCAACAAUCUGGAGGACAUGAGGAAACUGUCACACGGUCAUCAGUAGCUAGCACUGCCACUACCACUGGUGUCCUUGUUUUCGAAUGGCGUAUUACGAUAAAACCUGCACCUGUUUUUUUUUUCCUUUUUUUUUUACGUAACAUCUCGAAAUUUUCUAUUCAUUCUUUUUGACUGUGUGAACUGUUUCAUCAAAGCGCGAGUCUUAUCGAGGGUGUGGAAAUGUAGAACUACAAAACAUAGAGAGAAAGAAAGAUAUUUAACGGGUUAUAUGUUAAAGGUUUGCCGGUUAUGUGGAAUAAAAUAGGCGGAAAUCUCGGCUCACGGUGCGUCUCGAGCGCAACAGCCGCUUAGGGAUCAGGAUUUUUACAUCCGCCGGGGUUUCUUGCGAAUGUUUUAUAGAAUUAUAAUUAUAGAUAGAGAUGUAUUGCAGCGCUGCCUUAUUUAUCAGUUUAACAAGACAGACGAUUGAGUAAAGCAAACAAGCACGGUCGAGCCGAUCGCGAAUCCUUCGAGACGCGAUUUCUUUUUCCGAACCAAUCCGGUUGCUCUCAGAAGCCUGAAUGUCCACUCCUAAACAAAACUCCCUGGAAUAUCCCGCUACGUUGGUAACCCUGAUCCACAACCGAAUGUUACUGAAUGUCUCCGUGCCGGGGAAAAAAAAGCUACAUUUUUCCGCGACUCUGUCGGUUUCGAAAGAGAGACGACGUCUUUCUUCCAAAGCGAACGUUCCGACACUGGAGGAGACUCCGAGCUCGAAAAACAACAAAAUAUCACGUCCGGGUUCGGGAUGUGGGGGAAGGGAGGGAAGGGGCGAAUACUUACAACUUACGAUCAGCUCUUCUGUUAAAACUUGUGGUGAUUCUGUCUGUACAUAUCGGCACUCUGUAUCUCACCUCUGUACUCGACACUGUAGAGGAGCACUUUUACACUGCCAUCUGGAUGAAUAUUAUCUUUGUGUGUCUGUGUGAGCAUGUGUGUGUGUGUGUGUGUGUGUGUGUGUGUGUGUGUGUGUGUGUGUGUGUGAAAGAAAGAUAUAUAGUAUAUAUCUGUGAGACAGAGCGCUAGUAUAUGUGACUGUACUGGGACCAGCAUUGAUGUGCUUUAUUCCCAUUCUCUUGUUCAAUGUUUUAUAGUGUAAAUAGUAGUUUGGAGCUCAUGUUUCCCUGUUUUUUAUUUUGUUUUUUUGUUUUUUUUUUAUUGAUUUAUUUUGUUUACAUUUUUUGCACAGUGCUACAGUAUGUGUGAGGGCCAGGUCCCGGUUUUAAAUGUACAUAUAAAUUUAUGAAGCAAUCAGUGGUCGUCAUAUUUCAUUCGUAGUGUUGUAGUAAACUGCAUGCACUAUACUAACCAACUACAUGGUGACAUUAUUUUAAAAAGCCAAAAGAAUAAAGAUCAUAUUUUUUGUACCAAAGUAUACUUAAUUUCCUCAUCACUAUAACUGUCACGCGAUAUUCAUGACUAUCAUGAAGCCCCGCCCCCCCACACCAUGUACCGGAAAUUUUCUCUAUCAACUGAGAAUUUAAUUUUUUUUUUGUUACAUUGAAAUGUUUUUUUUUUUUUUGGUUGGAAAAUGUGUUUCAGAAUGUGCAAAAUGACUUUUAUUCCUUUGAAUCGCAGCAAAAAGGUUUCUGACGUACACUGUAGUUUUCCAAAAUAAAGCCUAUUUGGGAAGCCGA